UGUUGUUGACGGCGAUCUCGUCGGCGUCUCCGCGUGUGUUGUUUCCUGUUUUGGAACGAUGCGCGUUCUAUGCGUACUUUCGUCGCGGAAUCAUUUGCAUACAAUGAGAAUAUACGGUUAUAUCGAUGAAUACGAUAUUCAAUACCGAGAGUGUCAACUGGUAGAUAUUUAGGUCACCCUCAUAUUUGCGUAAAAAAUUCCAUACGCAUAUCCCGUAUUUUUGUCGCGAUUGUUGUCGGAUCGAUCGAGUUGCAACGCGUCGACUGCCGUAAUGAUAUGCUGAAGGGAAACGCGGGUGUUUUGAAGUUCGUUGCACGAGGAGCGAAUAAAGCUUCGUGAAGACUUAUCUCUAGUGUUUCAAGCUAAUCGGUAGUUGUUUAUUUUUUCUCACUCCCUUCUCAACGUUUUUACACGGACGACACUGAGCGCGUGACUUAACGAUAUUUCAUCUCUCUUCUUACCAGGUUCUCCUGCUCUUGACUAGCUUACCGGGCGAUCUCUGUGUAUAAGGAGAGAGAAUAAUGUAAUUACAAUAAAAUCCUUAGCAAAACAAUGUACAAUGAACUACAGUGGAAAUAUGCCAGAUUGGCAUCAGUAUAACCCGCCGCAAUCAGGAAUAAACGAAGUGACGUCUACUGCUCAAAAUGUCAAUUCGGGACACCUGCCUUUCAUCUCCAGCAUCAGCCCGACACAGCUGAACCACGGCCUGAACCUCAAUACGGAGGGACAUGAGAAGCACCAGAACGACCCCGCUUACAAUCCGAGGCAUUACCAGCCGCACCUGCCCGGCAACAUCUCGCACGGCCACAAUGCCGCCGACAACACGCCCCUGGCGUCGAUGGUGCAAAUGCAGAACUGCAUUGGCCACUACGGGCCUUCGAAUACGCGAAAUCCCAUGGUGGACAAUCUGAACGGUCCGAUGGACCCGAGGAACACCGCGAUAGGCGGCUUGAACGAAGAGUUAGGUUAUAGGAAUAAUCAGGUGCCUUUGAACGGGCCUAUCUCCCACCUGAACGGACCAAAUGUGAUGAACAUGAAUGCUCCGCAUCAGCAUGGUUCUGUAGGACCACGCAACACCAAUGUGAAUUCACACCCCGCCAGCCGAGCGGGCCCGUCGUCCUUCGUCUCCUGUAAGGGGAUGUGCUGUAACCCCGACCCCAGCAUAAGUUACCAGCAAUGGGAGAAGUACUGUUCCUACCAGAACAGCACGACCUACCGCGAGAACAUCCGCGCGUCCGGCUACCAGACGGACACCCGGCGGUUCGGCAACGAUUUCAACUUCAGGAAGGACAACUUCGACGGCAAGGAGGUCAUGCCGCCGCCGUCCAUCGUGCCUAACGCGCCCUCCACCAAUACAGACCACCGGAGGAACUUCCCCGACUACAAGUACCGCAAGGACCGUCUGCUCUCGCGCAGCUACCCGCCUACCUCGGGCAUGCUGCAGAACUAUCCCAUGCAGAACUACAACUACACGGGCGAGUACCAGAAAUACCCUUACAACGUUAAGGAAUACUCCAAAGUGAGCAAUAUGAAUAUGCCGAGUCAGGGGAUGGUGAAGCAUCAGGAGCAGGGCUUCAUGGCCCAGCAGAAGUACAACAGCAAGCAGCAACAAGUGCCGUACCAGAGCGGCGAUAUCAUGUCCAACAGCAUGCCGUCCACGAGCGUGAACGCGAGCAUGAUGCCGUCCGCGCAGAACACCUACUUCAAUCCCGCGCAAUACCCGCGGAACCUGCCAACGGAGAGCGCGCACGACUGCCAGAAGGUUGCCGCCGACAACGUGCCCAUGGUGAACAGAAUGCCGAUGUCGAACAUGCAUCCUCCGUCUCAUUCUCGCUACCAGAUGUACCAGCAGAAGAUAGCGAUGCAACGCUUCUCGAUGGAGAAUCAGCUGAGGGAGCUCGAGGCGAGGGUGCCGGGCUACCAGUCCCAUCCGCGGUACAAGGAGUGUCUCGUGAAGUAUCGGGAAUUGUUGAAGCUGCAGCAGACCGUCACGUAUCAGGGGCAGAUGCAGCAGACGCCGUGCGUAGCCGCGUCGACCUCCGUCAACACCGCCGCCUCUGUGCCGCCUAUAAACCUGCAGUUCGACCAGAACGGCGUGCUGAUCAACUCCAGCUACAUGCCCGAGGCUUUUCCGCGGGUGCAGCAGGUGUUGAACCCGCAGGCGCCGGUCGACGGCUCGGACAAGCAGAGCAAGCCGGAGGGCAACGGUAUUCCCGAUAUGGCGAGUGUCCAGAAGAGCCAGGAACAGUUGGUUCUGCCUCAGCAGCAACAGACGCACGACGUUCACGCGGCCGCACUCUGCCCGGACGGUCUGCAGAAGCAGAAUCGGUAUCCCGUGCAGAAGAGCCUCGAGCCGAACGUGCAGUUCGAGGUGCAGCGGAAGACUGGGAACGAGAACUUCAACAACCUGAACGGCAGCCCCGGCGGUGACACCGCUAUACAGCAAAAGAUCUCGAAGGAGUUCGCGGACAAGCCGGAGCUCGACGUCCGGCAGUUCCUGGCCAAUUGGGACGAGUCCGAGGACGAGGACGGCGCGAGUUCCAACAUGCAGAACGUCGUCCUGAGCAACUCGACGCCGGUGGUGGUCGUGGGCUAUGAAAACGUGAAUAUCACGGCGAAGACGUUGGAAGGUUUGGAGGCCUCCAAGCCGGAGGAGAACCAGGAGAAGAGCGAUACGGUGUCCGCGCAGGACUGCCUCACGAUAUCGUACUCCACCCCGAAGAACGUUGAGGUCGCGAAAGACGCGUGCAAGGAGGUCGUCGAGGUCGCGAAGGAGAGCAUCGUGCAGCCGGGAAGCAUCAUACAGUGCAUCAGCAACGGGCCCGACGAGGUGCCGACGAUACACAUAGUCGACAAUCUAGAGAUAGGUAGCAUCUUGCAGGUGACUAACGGCCAGGUCACCGAGACCCUGGAGAGGCAGGAGGUGUCGUUCUUCCACGAGGGCGCGGAAGUCGAGGCGAGCGCGAUAGCUCUCGAGGCCGACAAGUUCAAGAAAAGCGACGCCGGCGAUUCGCCGGCCGCCAUCAAGUACAACGUAGACCUGGAGAAGCUGAGCAAGGAGAAUUACAUUGUCGAGAACUCGCCACCGAAAACAGUCGAGAGCACGUCGCAGACAUCGACGCGGGUGGUCGACGACCACCAAGAGGCCUUGCCCACGCCCGCGAAAGACAACUUGGACUCCGCCGAUGAUAUCAACCUGAAGAAGCAGAGCAGUUUCACGAGCGAGGAAUCUCACAAUCCGGACGACAUCAGUCUGCCGGAUCUACCCACGUCCGAGUGCACCCCGAUCUCCACCACCCUCAACACCCCGACCCACUCGGACAGCGAGGAGUCGUCGGAGCGUGUCGAGGAUCUCACGAUUCCGACGAAUCCGAUCGAAGUAGUGCAGAACAGCCCUAUAAUUAGCUUCACGCAGUCGCCGAUGCGCGGAGAGCCGUACGAUCACUUGAACGACGAGGCUGCCGGCGCGGUAAAGAGCAAAUUAGCUGACUCAUUGGAGAACCGAUACCAAUCAGAAAGUCAUUUUGAUGGCGACGGAAGCAAUAACACGCGCCGUCGCGACAGCGUUCUCAACGCAUUUGAAUUUUCUGCAGGCAUCGAUAAAAAUGAGUCUACGGUGGGCAUGAAAGGCGAUAACAGGGAUCGCGGAAGCCCGAGCGGAAAUAACACCUUGACACGUGGCGCGAAAACGUUCCCUUUGGACGGUGAAACCGCGAGUGCGGAGAUGACUGGCAUGUGCAUGACUUUGACCUCAGGCGAGUAUGAAUUAAAGAUCGUGUCAACGGGUAUGCAAAACAGGCCGGCGAGAGAUGAUAAAAAUUUAACGGUCGGCCGGCGCGCGAGCAAAUCUCAGGCUGCCGCGGGGAACGAUGCGCGGGAAGUUCAGAAAAAAUUACGAACCCUUGCGGAAUCGAGCGUGGAAGCUCGGUAUAAUGAAUCAACGGAGGAACUGGACAAGGCCUUGCGGAAUAUCGCGACCGACUCGGAUCGGCGCGACGACGCUCCACCGCAAGACGAUGCCAACUACGUCGGUUCGUACGAAGCGCGCUUGCUGAAGAUGACGAGGAGCGAGGGUAAAUCGAUGCUCAACAAGAGAAAACGCACCCCGGAGUCGGCUCAUCAGACGGUAACGAGCGCGACCGAUUCGUCACUGACAAGUGACGCGAAGGGCUCGAGGCCGGUGGAAGAUGGCUGUCCGAGCAAGAUCGUAAGAAGUAGCCCAUCUGCAUCACAUAGUACAAAGCAUUCUAUCUUAGGUAACGAUAAGUUAAGGAGAAGCGAGGCGACCGACAAAUUCUUGGAAGGAAAUCCACCGGCGGAGAGUCACGGUAUUAAUAGAACAUCAUCGAAGAUCGACGCGAGAGACUCGCGGAGCUCUCGACACGUGGGCCGACACGCCAAUCGUCGGAGGUCAAGUUCGGGCGAUCACGUGGACUCUCACGGCAAAAGGUGCGAAAACACUGCGGAGAAGCGUAGCGAGGCGAUCGUACAUCACAACAAGCAUACUCACGAAGCGAUGGAACAUAGAGUCAAGUCUCGCGCCGUCGAGGAUCUUAAAGUGACCGACGUGGCGCGCAACGAGCCGAAGACUACGAUGACAACGCCGAUGACUGUAGCCACGACGAGUAAGACCGUCGAUGAGAACCGAGAGAGACUGCGGCUCUUGAAAGAAUAUAGAAGGAUAAAGUACAAGCCGGCCGGUGUCGCGGAAACUCUAAGUAAGAGCAAUGAUACUCAGCAGGAAGUCGCCGGCGAUCACAACAGCGGCAAGAGGUGUCACACUCCGGCGACCUGCGACGAACGAGCCGUGUCAUUGUUGAGCGACAAGCAACUCUGCCCGAAGGACGCGAGCUUCAAGCUUCCGUCCGAGGAGCAGGACAGGAAGCACGCGAUACUGAAGACCUUCGUGAACAAGAACGUCAACCCCGACUUCGCGAUUCAAGUGACGAACGUCAAUCUGAAACUCAAGGACAACGAUCAUCAGAAGGACCUGAGGGAGGAGGCGAAGAACAGCGGUGCCUUGGACGCGAUCAAGAUCGAGAUCAAUGUGUCGUGCACGGAACGGAACACGACGGAGAAGCUGCUGCACGAGAACAUCAAGAACGCCGUAGCCGAGACGAUCGGCCACUUGACCAGCUCGAUAUCGAGCGGAGCCAGGUCGUCGGGCUCGGCGAAUCUCAGGGAAUGCGACAAGAAGAUGAUCUGCGACCAAGCGGUGGAUCCGCGCGACAGGUCGCCGUCCGUUUCGACGGAUUCCGCGCACGACGAUCUCGUGCGCAAGUCCGAGCAGGACAACGCGAAGACGACGAAGUAUAAGUCCGCGAUUAGCACGUGCAAGGAAAGCGUGACGAACGACGAGACGCCCGACGCGUUUAGCUCGAAAAAAAGGAGAAGCUUGUCGUCGGAACGAAAAAUAAUGAAUAACGUAUACGAGGUCAAAGAUAAUGUCAAUGUCGAAACUGAAUCGGCACCGAAUGUCCCGGAGAUUUCGAAAACGGAACACGCACCGAUCAGACGGAGAAGCGUGCAUCAAGAGGCGGACCAAGCUCGAAAAAUCGCCUCCGCCAACUUUCCGCCUAACAGCGAGGAAUCGAAAGCCUCUUCGGAUAAUCCACUACACACCGGCUCGACGUCGAGGGGCGCCAAUACGCAAAAGAAAGAUCACCAAGAAGCAACGACCGCUUUCCUGUGCAGGAACGCGAGAAAUCCGCAGGACAGUGUCGGUUCCAAAUUAAACGCGGGUGCGUCGACCUCUUCGGGCGCAGCGGAUCCUGACUUGCAGAGCGCCGCUUACGGCAAUAAUUCCACGCAUUUCGACUACGAUCACUUCGACGUCGCCCCGAACGAGAACACGGACGCCGACGACAAGCGCACCGACAGGUGGAAGCGGCCGAAGAGGGACGACGGUAGAUUCAACAACCUGGACCUGUACGAUGCCGCCAGCGUCUACAUGAACCCGAUCUUCUUCAAUGCGGACGAACUGGAGAACAUGAACACGGUGCCCGUGUACACCACGAAGGACGGGAAGAUCACUUACAGUCCCAAUCCGCGCUUCACAUACCACGAGUUGCUCAUGGAGGCUCGCACGAAGGAGGGCUACACCCGCGAGCCGUAUUUCGCGAAGUCCCCGUCGUUCGACUAUUACAAUUGCUCAAAGUUGCGGAAAGUGUUCAAGAGAAACCGCGACUCCGUCGCGGUUAGGAAGCGAGAAGUCGAUCCUGCCGACGUCAAGCCGCAGUUCGUGCCGAAGCACGUGGAUUACCUGCCGAACAAGAACACCCAUCACGCGAAGAACAGCCGGAACGCGCUGCAUCUCGAGUUCUUCAACGACAACGCGGACAAUUUGUACACGGGCAAGGGCGAUCAGCAGGAGGGCAAGGAAACCGGCAAGAAGAGCGUCGUGGACCUGGGCUUCCUCGAGAAGCAGUGCAACCCGGACGACGAGCCUGGGCCGAAUAUCAAGCACUGCAGGACGAAGGCGCUCGCUGAGAAUCUCGACUAUGAGAAAGGCUGCAACAACGCGAGCUCCAUGUUCGACCCGAAUGCAUUCCUAGAGCCGAGGGCGCUCUGCUGGGAGGAGACCAUGGAGUCGGUCAAGUCGUACUCUUCCCACAUCGACCGGAGGAACAGCGGUAAUCGCAAGGAGCUCAACUUCAGCGAGAUCUUCGCCAAGCAAAAGUGCCUGGAGUCCGCUUUCCCGUUCCUGCACACGGGGCAGGUAUCCCUCGGCGGUGAUCACGGCGAUCACAAGGCGAGUAAUGACAACUGCGACACGGCGAGCGAGUCGCCAACGUUGGGCCGCACGAGCGGCUACGCCAGCGACGAUUUGCACUCGACACGGCACGACGAUUCGCGCUGCGAGCAAUCGGACACCGUCGCGUGUAACGACCGGGUGAAUACAAAUGAUGAUCGGAGCUGCGUGUUGUCGUCAACAACGGGCAACGUUCGUGAGAAAUCGCCGAGCGCGCACGAUGCGUUGUUACGCGAUGAAUACGCGAAGGAGCAGCGUUCGCAGUUCGACCAGGUCGAUAUCGCCUCGACUGUGCCCGCCGAUGAGGUACCGCCCUGUUCUCCCGUAGCUCCCGUGGACGAUGAGGUUCACGCUCCAGAGAAAGACGAGUGCCCUGCGAGCCUCGUCCGAGACUCAACACUCGCGGAACCCUCGGUGGCCGAUAAUCAAUCAUGCCUUCCCUCGAACGAAGACCGGUCCAGCGCCGAGGGGGAUGCGGUCGUGAAGGAAGCUUCGGACGAGAACUCUGCCGAGGUCACCAGCCAGUUGGAAUCGAGCGCAGAUCGCGACGGUCUGCCGGACGAGCGGAAGUGCGCAGAGACGGUGGAGGAGCCAGCCGUGUCCGCUGCGGACGACGAACGAGGAGCCGGCGAGAUCGAGGACUCCGCGAAGACCGAUCCGGGCUCCACCGACGAGGUUGUUGCGCGUCAGGAGGUCUCGAGAUCGGCUCCGGCCGAUCGCCGGGAUGAGGAAGACGUUCCUCCUGCCGCGGAAGCGAGCGUCGCGGCCGAGAUCUACUUCAACGAUGAAACGAGCGAACGGGACGACAGGAACGACAAGGAAAAUCCCACCGUGUGUAGGGAGGAGGAAACUCUCGCUUCUCGAGACCCAGCCGAUGUCGCGGCUGCGUCGCUCGGCGAAGAGAACGACGACGAGCGGAAGUCUCGAAAGCCGCGGGACAACGAACGAUCAAUCGGGAGCCCGCCGAAGGAGCCAGGAAUCGACGAGGUGGACGACUGCGGUGUGCCCGCGUUGUUCGAGCCAGCCGCCACGUUGGGCUUGCAGCCAUUGGUGCAGGAGGAGGACGUCUGCGACAUAUUCGCGAAUGAAAAGCGCGAGCAGAACAUCUCGGAGUUCACGGUCAUCAAAAGCAUCAUCCAGGCCGACCAGAGGCAGUGCGAAGAACCCGAGACGAGGGAGACCGUCAAGGACCACGACAGCAUGAUCGACUCCAAGUUGCUGUGCAUCGACUCGUCCGAUUGCGGGAUCUACGGGGAGGCCCGGUGCGCCCUGAUGCAGAUCACCGAGCACGGCUUCACCGAGGACGACAGCAUGGUGCCGAUGGAGUGGGAGACCAGCCAGAUUCAGGAGGACGCCGUGAACCGUCUGUGCGGCAUCGACGAGUCGUCGAUCGACUUCGCAGCCGCGGCAAAUUCGCUGCGCAGCGAAGACAACUCGCUGCUGGACAACUUGUCUCUGUCGAGGUCCGCGAUGAAGGAGCCGCGGCUCUUGGAACUGCCAGCCGAGGUAAUGAACAAGGCGGACGAGCCGAUCGCCGUGCCGACGGCGACGCCGCCGUUGCUGACGUCGCCGCCGUUGCCGGUGUCGCCGCCGUUGCCACCGCCGCCGCUGUUGCCGGCGUCACCGCCGUUGCUCCGGAAGAUCGAAGCGACGCCGUGCCAGGAGGACGAGGAGCAGCAGAAGGAGCAGAAUCCAGUUUCUUCCAGUAGUUAUGAGAAAGUAGCGUACCUGAGCGCGACGGAUUGCAACGCCAACACGAAGAUCGUCCCGAAGCUCGUCAUCAAGAAGACCGAGACCAGCUCGAAGUGCGUCACCAAGGUGAGUCCCUCUUCCUCCGCGGACAACAGUAUCGGCAAGUCCGCCUCGAGACCGAAUUGUCAGCCGAAGAUACCCAAGAUGAUCAUCAGGAACGCGAGAUCUCGGCCGGGCACGCCGUCCAUCGAGGCCGUGCCCGACGAAGCGUCCACUCAGACGAGCGUCCGAACGUUCAUGGACGUUCUCGAACGGACCGUGAUUGCGGCGCACGAGGAGCUGUACGAGAACAACUCCGAGAGCUCCCUGCAGAGUCCGGCCAGCUACAAGAUACCUAAAAUGAAGAUCAAGCUGGACGAGAAGCACGCCAACAAGAUCGUGAUGGCCGAGGAGACCGGUGAGCUGGGCAUGAAACGCAGGAACUUGAAGAAGACGAUCCCGAAGGUGAAGAUAAAGAACUCGCCGAGGUCCGAGUCGUCGGACAACUCGAUCUUCAACAGCGCGACUCCUCAGGAGUCUUCCGGGAGCCUGGAGAGGUACAAGGAGAAGAUACCCGUGUUGAAGCUGAGGAAGCAGGAGAGGAACAGAUCGUCGUCCCCGGAAGUGGUGCGGAAGAGGCACAGCUCGAGCCACUCGGACGUGUCGGCGAAGAGGUACAAAAGAUCGGGCCGCGACGGCAACGUGGGACACUGCACGCGGCGCAGCAGCAGCGACUCGGCGCGCACCGCCGCGGCGGAGUGCGAGGUUAAGAGGAACGCCAUGAUGUGCAUCUCGGAGAAGAUACCGAAGGUCAUUAUCAAGAGGACAUCGGCCAGCGCGGAGUUCAAGUGCGAGCUGAGCAAAAGCGGCAGGAGCGUAAUCGCGAAGAGCGCCAAGUGGCAGCCGGAAGUCAAGCUGGAGCGCUACCGAAUCCUGGACAGCAUGGCGAAGGAUCUCAAGUCCUCCUCUUCCUUGACCCCCGUGUCACUCCGAAUCAUAGACAAAAUAUUCGCCAGUCGCCGGGACGACUGCCGGUGGAGGAAGAGGCACAACCUCCACAAGUUGUCCAGGUCGAACUCGACGUCCGACCUGCACCCGAUCAGGUGCAAGCAGAGGAGGAUGUCGGAUUACGACUGCGUUUCCAAGGACGCCGAGGGCGGCAGGAGCUCGUGCUCCACGCCGAAGAAGAGCGCGUCCUCCGGAGGUCACGGGAAGUCGACCGACGAGCGGCGGAAAAACGACAAGCGUAGAUCGCGCUCCCGCGAUAAUAACUCGCGAACGGAGGCGAGCGUUGACCCAGUCGAGAAAAAAGUUGUCGAGAAGGACCAAUCGGCCGUCGGAAGAUCCGCUUCCGAGAAGGUCACCUCUCAACGCGACCAGUGCAGGGCCGACGAUGAUGUCAGGCGAGAGAAAGUAGCGAAGACCGAAGAAGACUCGACGAAGCUCGAGCGGAAGACUUCCCCGAAGCAUUCCAGCACCACGGACUUCAAGACCGCGCUGAAGGAGUUGAAGGCGACGUCCAAGGCGGAAAACUGCUUCGUGAAGUCGCCCGGCUUGAGCAGAGUGUUCUCUGAAGAGAUCGAAGAGCGAACGGAAAAGGAGCAGAGGAAUGAGGACGGUCCUCUCCCGUGCAAGGACGGCGAUCAAGUCGCGAUGAAAGAGCGACUGGGAUCCAACGAUAUGGAUAUCGAGUGCACUCUGCAGGACGACGCGAUUUCGCUGAAGGAGGGCAUUUCGAACAAUUUCGAGAUGGACAGCAACGCCGUCAUCAAGAUCGAGUCUUCGGACGAGAGCCAAACGACUAUAGAGAUCUUGCCGGCUUCGCCUGACGACAGCCGCGGCGAGCUGGAGGGCCACGUCAUCGAUGACGGCGACAGCGAGCAGUUGUAUCCGGCGGAUGCCAUUCCAACUCAGUUCGAGCUGGAGCUAGAGAUCACGGACAACAGCAACAUCGACCUGCUGGAUGUAUCCAUGUCGAGGCUCAAGCCUGUCGGCUGUUACAGUUCUCGUCACGCGUCCACUGAGGAAUGCGGCAAUCAGGCCUCGAAGGUAAGUUGUUACAGCAAACCCGAGCUUCUGCAUCGCGACAAGAACUCGUCCGCGAGAGGUGAACGCGCGAAGGUCGAGGUCGAAGAGAUCCCUCCGACCUUCCCGUGCGGUGAAGAGCGAACGGACUCGCAGACAGCGCGGAGGGAGAAGAAAUUCUGCUGCAACGACUCCCUGAUAAAGGAAGUCUUGGCGGCCAAGGAGACCUUGAAGAAGUGCCUCUCGAGAUGUGAGAGCGGCGCGAAGCCAAAGACAUUCGCGGAGAAGGAACAGAACUCGAGUUUUGAUCUCAAAAGUCUCUCAGAGACGCAUCCUAAGUCAAGUGACGCUCUUCAAGGUUGUCGCGGCGCCGUCGCGCCUCAGACGGGCUCUGCGGCCGUAGCCAGCAGGCCCAAUAAGACUGAGAGUAUAGCUAACGCCGAAGAGUCUGACAAGAAACAUUCCAAAUCGAGCAAAAGCGUGUCGAACGUGAACAAGAGACCGGCCGACGAGAGGGACGAAGAGCUUCGGCAAACCGGUGCGGAUACCAAAGGGCGGGCGACGGAGGAGGCGCGCGAAUGCACCACGAUAUCGUUGAAGGCGUUCAAGCGAUUCAGCCAAGCGGCCGCGUCGCGCGAGGAGCCGCCACGCGUGAUAAACUUGAGCGAGAAGAGGAAGAAGAACCCAGGGGACCAAAAAGACACCGUGCCUCAGUCACCGCGGAAGGAGGAGGACGGCAAGAUGUCGUCCUACAAAAUUCCCAAGAUAUCGAGAGCCACGGAUCGUAGGAGCAAGGAAGCCAAGCCCAAGGAGGACAACAUGCCGAUACUGGAGCCCGCGGUCGUCGUGAACUUGGACUCUGGCUUCGACAGAGAGAGCUCCAGGUCGCCGCCGGUGAUAACGAAUCAGGAUAGCGGAGACGCGUCCAAGCUGGCGAACAACGACAAAGUCAUUACGUCGGACAAGGUCGACAUGAAGGACGUCCAUAAGAAGAGCGAGAUGUCCAUCGCCGAUUUCGUCACUCAGUUGGCUUAUCACGAGAAGGCGACAAUAAAGCACAGACGGUACUGUAAUUUAUGCGAGAGGUGGUUUCCCACUUCGUCGCGGCACCGACGCCACUUGGCCGGCUAUCAGCAUCGUCAUAUAGAACUAACGCAACGCAGAAGCAUCCAUACACUGUUCAUGCUCUUCACGGGCAAUCCUUGCCCCAGGCUAGUGCCGGCGAAUGUCGUGCGAAACGAUUGCGCCGUGGGUGAAUUAACGCCCUUGCAAAUCGCGGUGCAGGAUGUCACAAAAAGUUUCGACCAUACCGAGCAGAGUCCGAAGAAGCAGAAUGACGUUGACAAAUAAUCGCAUGUAAGUUACCCGGGCUAUGCGUAUACAAUUACUGUGAUCAUAAUUAUGGCUUACAGUGCAGUCUCUCCUACGAGCAUCAUCCGCAACCGAUAACUCAAGGAUGAUACGAAUAUAUUUUGUAUUCUCAGCUAGAUCGGUACGCAGCUCACAGCUGCUACUGUUAAUGGCGUCGGCAUCGUAACUUUAACUGUUAGAUAACGAACGCUUCACGGAGCCCGCUGAAUUAGCUAAGUCAACUGAUGUGGGUCAUCAUUAACAGAAAGUUACCCGAAAGACAAUCCUAGAUUGCAAUUAGAUGUUUAGCCAAAGACUUGAGACAAAGCUGUAGUACACGUUAUAGAUUAUUUACACCCUUCAAAGACUCGGAUCUUUUUUCAUUUGUACAAAGUUUACGAGUGAUUCAACCGCUGAAUGUGCUCACUGCGAAUUUUUAUUUAUAUUGAAAGAAUCUGAAGAGACUUAUAUAUAUAAAUAUACA